AUAAAAGUUUUUUUUGCAAAUUUGCCAAAAUAAAAUAAAAAGUUCGUCAACAAUGAAAUGAAAUGAAAAUGGAGGAGAACAUUAGCAGCGUCAACAACAGCGACGGAGUUAGGUUCGGGAUUGGGGAGGCGUGGGCGUGGGUACCGAGUAGGACCCACUGGUGUUGCAUAGCUAGCGCCGCCCAAUUAGGGUGGGGGAUUAGAUCUUGCAAGAAAGGCUUCGUCGGAGAUUCCAAUUUUAUGCCCGCCAGGGCAUUCGGGGUCGCCUCUCUCUUCGUUGGAGCCGCCGCCACCGCUUUCUUUGCCGCCCUUAACGCCUCCGGCAUCCACACUGUGGAAGAUAUGAGAGAAGCCGGUGCUAACAUUAGGAAAGGAAUGCGCGUUCCUCCACGAAACAAGGCCGAAUAAUACUGUCUUUGGUAAAUCAUCACUUAAAUUUUACUUCUAACAAGAUUUGGGUGUACCUUGUUUGAGUUAACUUGAAGACUUCCUUACCCAACUCAAGAACGUGAACGCGUUGCUCUUUCCUUUUUGGGUAACCACAUAACUAAAGGGAAAUUUGACGCAAGUGCGCUUGUGCUAUGACAUUUUUGUACCCUUUGCUUCAGCUUUCCCGUUUAAUUGGUUCUGAAGAUGUUACCUUUUUCUUAGGCUUUGCAUCCACAAAUUUGUUGUUGGUUCAUUCUAGUAUUGUUCAAUCCGAUGCUUGCUGAAUAUCAUAUUUUCAUGUUGAAUUGUACAAGUCCGUAAAGUAAUACACUGUCAUUUUGCAUUGCGAUGUAUUUUAACGAUAACGAGAAUCGAUAAUGACAAGAAGGUAAAAUUCUUUCUCCAUUAUUGUGUGAAGAAUAUAUAGUCCUUUACAUUCUUGCUAUGUUACAUGGAUUCGGGUACUUGUAUAGAACAAUUUGUUACUUGUACUCGGCUCUCGAGUACUAGUAUAGUGUAUAGGACACGGGUACGUGUCCAAGUGUCUCACUCCAUCGGCUAAAUUGUGAAAACGUUUCAUGAUUUACCCAGAAUGAAGUGGCAUAGUGUUCAUAUCUAUGCCUAAGGGUUAAUGAUCCGACAUUGGUACUUGAAAUAAAAGGUACGAGUAACAUAACAUUCUUGCGUAUAAACAGAUUUAUGAAGAAUCAACUUCAAUUGGUAGAUGGUCCAACUCGACAAGAAUCAUAGAGUACUCGUGUGCCAAGGUAA